AUGGCUGAAGCAGGUGAUCACAUCCAACCAAUUAUCGAUACCAACACAAAAAAUGUCAAUAUCGAAGUAGCAGCGCGUGAACCGUGGCCUUUGAACGCUUUUCUAUAUGUUCCAUUGAAAGAACAAAUGAUCCUCUGGGCACCUGAAUGUUUGACAACACUGUGUUUGCUACGUAAAGUACGCGUUCCAUCGUUAACUAUCGAACACGUUCGAAACGCAGCGGAAAUGUCGAAUUAUGGAAGUCCACCCGUCCUAGCCUUGAACAACCGAGCAUUCAGUGAAUUCGAUGAGAUUGCUAAUCUGAUCGAGCUUAAAGUAAGUGAAAAUGUGUUUCUCUAUGGAAAAGAAUACUUUGAUUUGACUGUGACCAAACAGGGAUUGUUACCGAUUACUGAUGGACAAAAUUCCACAGUUGAUAGUUAUUCAAUCUUAUGCACUGAAACACUUGGCUCAUUGAUAAAAUAUUUUCUACUCUGCGAAAAAGCUGGAAUAACUGUGUAUCAAUCGUUUACAUCCGUAUAUCCUUGGCCACUUGGUUUCAUUCUCUAUUUAAUCUAUCGAAAACAGACAAUUAAAACAUUGCAAGUCAAAGAAAUCUGGUCUUUGUCUUACGAACAAGCAUUAAAUAAAUUCGAAAUAACGGUUAAAGCACUGUCAGAUAAGAUUCAGCAGAAUAAUUCAAAUUAUCUUCUCGGUGACAAUUUUACGAAAGCCGAUGCUCAUCUCUAUGGUCAUUUGUAUCCUAUACUUCAUUCGAGAGUGACUGAAUAUGAAGCUUUACGAAAUGCGCUUCACAAAUUGCAACCAUUGGUGAACUACGUGAAUAACUUAGAAAAAGAUGUUCACGGACUAACUGUCUUAGUUUCAUGA